GCCCGCGAUUAUGCCUCAUGCUUCUGUAAGCGUUGAAUUAUUAUGCAUCGUGACUUGGCAGCUGCGAUGGCCUAUAGGACCUGUCUUGAGCAGUCAUGCUGUCGAGAGCGUGUGGCUCGAAUGUCGACAUGUCGAAUGCUCGUCCAAGCGCCCCCUCUCAACUCUUCAAGCCUCCGCGUCUCCCCAAGGAGUACGAGGUGUUUAUAUUUGCUACUGGACAGUCCGCCGCACUUCAAAGCGAUCAGACAUUCUACAUGAAACAUCGCUAGCCUCCACUCUUUCGUCUGAUGCUGACGAACUACCCUUGAAUUCGCGUGGCAACGGGCAACGGGCAACGGGCAGCGCCACGCCGCAGCAGUACUUGUAGCAAGUAUAGUAUAGGUAGGAACCUGUGGAUAAGGACUCCCUUUUACAGUCCCUGCUAGGAUGCCCGAUUAGAUUCACAGAUUCAACGGCGCCUUACGCAUUCAACGACGCCACUGAUGGGUAUCGAAGAUCCGAAUGUUCUUCCAGAAAUUCCAUCCAUCGCUUCAGGAAAUUGCUGCCUCUGCAACGAUCACACAU